CUGGCUCCUCGCGCGCGGCGCCGCACUCACCGCGAGUCAUGCCGUCGCGAGGGCGUCGCGGACGCGCCUCGCGCGGCGGGGACGAAUACGUCGGCGACGCGUUCCUCCUUCAGGCGUCCGUCGUCCUCUGCGCCGCCGCCGCCGUCGGGUGGACGGUGCUCCAAAUCGCGCUGUACGGCGGCACCGAGCCCGCGCUGAUCGUGAUUCCGCUGCUGUACAUCGCCGGCGUCGCCGCCGCGAUCGCGUACGAGCGGUUCUGGCUCAAGCGACGACCGUUCGACACCGUCGCGUUCGCGCACCUCUCCGGGAUGCUCCUCCUCCCCGCGCUGCUUCAGAUGGAGUACGGCGGAUUCCAACGCAGCGGCGGCGUCCUCGCGUGGUCCUCCGUCUCGCCGUUCACGGCGAUGCUCUUGUACAACGAUAACGUCCGCGUCCAAGCCGUUACCUUCGCGGGUUUCGUGUUCAUGUGCGCGGCGUGCUUCUUGCACGAGAGCCUCAACCGCGCGUACGGGGAGGACGGCGCGGCGAUCGCGGGGGACCACGUCGUCAAGGUGUGGCUGUGGCAAAUUUACGUCUACGCCAUCGCCACGGUGAUCGGCGUGACGCUCAACGCGUGCGUGCUGAUGCACCUGUGCAUAUCGAAGAGUACGAACGCGAUAGAGGCGCACAAGGCGUUGGCGUGCGCGAUCAUGCCGCCGCCGGUCGCGAAGGAGGUGUUCGAGGUGCAGUGGAAGCGGCUCAAGGAGGGAAAAAAGAUGCAAAAGCAAGAGUCGCGCACGUGGAAGAACGCGCCCGCGAGUGGCGCGAAGAAGAAGAACGUAUUCGCGCGCGUCAUCAACGCGAUCGUCGCCAUAACGUUCGGCUCCAGCGGCUCCGGCUCCGGCGGCGGGAGCAGCGCGUCCGAGUCGCGGUCGCGGUCGCGGCAGAGCUCGAAACGGAGCGGCAUGGGCUUAUCGUCCAUCGGGGGCGGCGGGGGCGGGGCGAGAAGCGACGAUUUUUGCGACGACUCCACGCACGGCGGUCGCGCGCCGAGCGAGCGGUCGGAAGGGGACUUGGACUCGGACACCGCGAGCGCGAGCGAUGGGAACUCCAUGCGCGGCGACGACGCGUAUUUACGCGCGAUUCAGACCACGCAAGCGUUGCGAGCGCCGAGCGAAGAUACGAUCGCGUUGCGCGACCGCGACCUCGACGUGUUCUUUGAGGGCGCGCCGGACGACGCGGGCGCAGACGCCGCGGGGGAGGACGUGAGUUCUCAGAAUCAAAUUGAGAAGCCGCGCCGGCGGUCGUCGAUCUUGUACGGCAAGCCCGGCGUCUCCGGGGGGGGCGGCGGCGACGGCGACGGCGCCGCGGCGAAUUCGCUCCGGCGGCAGAGCACCUUCCGUAAGCGACGCGGCGCGAGCGUGAAAGCCAGAGAGCACAAGGACGUGACCGUGAUCUUCUGCGACAUCGUCGGCUUCAGCGCCAUGUGCAAGGUGGUCAAACCCUACAGGGUGUUGCGAUUCCUCGAGACGUACUUUCAGAUGUUAGAUGACGUCGCCGAGGAGCACGGCGUGACGAAAGUCCGCACCGUCGGCGACGGCUACCUCGCCGUGUCGGGACUCAUGGCGGAGAUGGGCGUCAAAGAAGACGCGCGUCAGCAUCGUCUCCGCGCGCUACACUUCGCCGCGGGCGUUCUGACGUACAUGAAAGACGAGCGCGUCUACAUGCCCAACGGCGUGGAGGUUAAGAUUCGCAUCGGCCUCGCCGCCGGUUCCGUGUACAGCGGCGUGGUCGGUCGGACGUGCAUGCAGUUCGACAUAUACGGCGACGUCGCCAACUUAGCCGCGCGGAUGGAGCAGACGUGCCGGUACGACGGCGUGCACUUCCCCAGGGCGAUGUACGACGCCAUGAAAGGGGAGCUCUCGGAGGAGCAGGGGCGGACGUUCGACGCGCUGAAGUGGGAGUUUCGCGACGGGGUGGAGAUCAAAGGGAUGGACGCGAUCGACACCGUGUCCCUCGUUCGCGACGGGAACGAGGAAGCGAUCGAGAUGGAGCUCAUGGGGGGCAUGAGCAACGAUCAGCAGCGCGCGGUCACGACGCACAUCGGCGUCCUCGCGGAGGCGUUUCGACAGAAGAGCUGGACGACGACGAGAAAACGGAGCGUGGACGACGAACGCAGCGAGGACGGGAGCGAGAAUAGCAAAGAGGACGAGCCGGAGAAGCCGAAGAAGCCGCCGACGCAGCGGCAAGUGUCGUUCAGCGUCGGGAACGUGCCGUCGCUCGCGCGGCCGUGGGAGCUCCCGCCCGCGGAGGACUGACGCCCCGAGCGUCGACGGCUUGGCUUCUUUGGGGUUAUCACUCGUAGAUUAUCACACGUACCGUGUACAUUUGACUGCGCUGUAUUGUGAAAGUACUGUUUUGUUGUAUUGGGCAAAGUAAGAUGUAAGACU